GCCGCCGGUCACGUGGUUCCGGGCAGGCCCGGUGCGGGUAUCGAGCGCACCCUCCGGUGGAGCUGCAGACAGGAUGCGGUCUCGCUCCGGUACCGGCCCCGGUACCGGCCCCAGCCUCCCGCCGCCCGCCUCCCGCCUCCGCCCCGACCCCACGCAGCGCCCCCGGCCGGCGGCCGCGGCCCUCGGCCCGAGCUAACGGCCCCGCGUCGGCGUGCUGUCCGGGGCUAGCCGCCCGAGCUAACGGGCGCGCGGCCGGCCGGAGGGAGGCGGGCGGCCCCGGGCAGGCGGCGCCGCCACCCGGUCUCUCUCCCUGCGGCUCCCGAUGGGUGGAGGAGCGGAGCCCCGGGCGGAGCGCAGCCGCUGAACCGCAGACCGGAGCCAGCAGCCCCGCCCCGUGGCACGGGGCGCCCCGGUGACCCCGGUCCUCCCGGUGACCCCCGGACCCCCGGACCCCCCUCUCCUCCCGGACCAGCAUGGACCCGGCGGGCGUCCCGCUGCCUCCGUUCCCAGAGAGCUGCUACAAGAUGACCGAGGAGGACGUGAAGCGUCUGAUCGAGUUCCGAGCCUCCAACGAAGCCCUGUUCACCGGGAAGAGGAACUCGGCCAAGAUCGCCUGGAGCACCAUCCUGAGAGGACUGGGUCUGGAGGGGAAGCUGACCGCCGACCAGAUCGCCAAGAAGUGGGACAACCUGCGCUCCAAGUACAAGGACCUGAAGCAGCCGUACCAGGGUCAGGAGCAGCUGGGCUCUGCGGUGGAGUCCUGGCCCUGGUUCCACAUCAUGGACGAGGCGAUGCAGGGCCGGCUGUACAGCAGCAGCAUGGUGCUGAGCCCCGAGGUCGCCCCCGGCAACGCCGGUCACCACGGCGACGCGCCGCCCGGCCACGGCCAGGAGAGCACCGACAUCCUGGAGUUCCUCAUCAAGACGGAGAUGGAGGACACGCUGGCGGCGGACGCGGGGGCGGGGCACGCCGAGGCCCCGCCCACCGAGGGGAUCCCCAUGGGCUGGAGGAGGAUGAGCGAGUGCUCCUACAAGAUGACCGAGCCGGAGACGGAGAGGAUGAUCAAGCUCCGAGCCGCCAACGAGGUUCUGUUCACCGGCAGGAAGAACUCGGCCAAGCCGGCCUGGAGAGCCAUCCUGUAUGAGCUGGGCCUCCAGGGCAAACUGACCACCGACCAGCUGGCCAAGAAGUGGGACAACAUGAAGAGGAGGUACAAGGCAUCAGGUCCAAACUGCCACGUGGUAAACCCCGGGCGUCGCCCCCUGCAGGAGCUGAAGUUCCCCGCUCGCGGCGUGGAGACCAACCCCGCCUCCUGGCCCUGGUUCUACCGGAUGAACGACGCCAUGGAGGGCCGGCUGGCCGGCGCCGCGCCCGUCCUCACGCCCGUGGUGGAGGACGAGGACGACGACUGCGAGCCGCCGUCGCCGGCGCCCAGGAAGCGGGCGCGGCGCAGCCGGGGGGGCAUGGCGGAGUUUCUGACCGAGUCGGAGAUGGACCUGCUGGUGGACGGCGAGGACAAGAGCGGCGGGGCGGCGGCGGCGGCGGCGCUGGGGGAGCUGCAGAGGAUCGCCGACUACACCUACAAACUGACGGAGGACGACACCCGGAGGCUCAUCGAGCUCCGAGCCGCCAACGAGGCGCUCUUCACCGGCAGGAGGAACACGGCGAAACCGGCCUGGAGAGGGAUUGUUAAGGAGCUCGGACUCACGGGGAAGAUCACCCCAGACCAGGUGGCCAAGAAGUGGGACAACCUGAAGACCAAGUUCAAGGACCUGAAGUUCCCUCCUCGGGGGAUGGAGGCUCAGACUAGCCCCGCCUCCUGGCCCUGGUUCCAGCUGAUGAGCGACGCCCUGGAGGGCCGCCUGGCGGGAAAGGCCCCCCGGGUGGCGCCGGUGUGGAGCGGCGAGGAGGACGGCCCGCUGGGCGACAGGGACCCCCUGCUGGCGGAGCGGAGCGGCGCGUCGGAGCCGGACAGCGCGGCGGGCGGAGACGACGGCGCCGUCACCUACAUGGACGCCGGCGGGGAGGAGAGCGGCACGCCGUGCGACCUCAGCUACAAGAUGACUGAUCAGGACACUCGGAUGAUGAUCAAACUCCGAGCUGCCAACGAGCCGCUUUUCACCGGGAGGAGAAACGCUGCCAAGGCGGCCUGGAGAGCCAUCCUGAAGGAGCUGGGCCUGCAGGGGAAGAUCUCCACCUACCAGAUGGCAAAGAAGUGGGACAACCUGAAGAGAAGAUACAAGGAUCUGAAGUAUCCCCCCGUUGGGAUGGAGAGUGUUGCGGACGGCGCCUCCUCCUGGCCGUGGUUCCAGCUGAUGAAUGAAGCCAUGGAGGGUCGCCUGGCGAGCAGCGCCCCCCUCCUCACCCCCGUCACCCAGGACGACGACCACGCCCCCGACCGCACCCCCAAACACCGGCCCCGCCCCGCGCCUCCCCCUCCGCCCCCCUCGGACUACGGCCCGGAGCCGUUCGGCGGCGGCGACGCGGCAGAGCCGAGCGACGGGCCCCUGGGAGACCUGGAGCGCCAGUGGGACGCGCUGGAGCGGGACCGGGCGGCGCUGGACAGGGACCGGGCGGCGCUGGACAGGGACCGGGCGGCGGUGGACAGGGACCGGGCGGCGCUGGACAGGGACCGGGCGGCGCUGCAGGCCGAGAGGCUGUGGCUGGAGCGGGAGCGGGCGGCGCUGGAGCGGGACCGGGCCCUGGUGGAGCAGGACCAGGUGGCGCUGGGCCGGGACCGUGAGGUGCUGGACCAGAGGGCCCUGAUGCUGAACUCUGUAGGUCACCCUGGACACCUCAGCACCCUUCUGUAGGGGGCGUGGACCGACCCCCCCCCAGGAGGGCAGUGGACCGUCCCCCCAGGAGGAGGGCGGUGGACCGUCCCCCCCCAGGAGGGCAGUGGACCGUCCCCCCAGGAGGAGGGCGGUGGACGCUGACCCGGUGCCUCUCGGUCCAGCCGCCGGUCCUGGACUGGACAGCAGGGGGCGACGUCGUGCCUGGCCAGAUGUCCUGCGGUGGAGACGCUCUCGUCUCCGGCGCUGUCCACACAGAAACUCUGGAUUGGUUCUUCUGCCCUCAUUUGAAAUGGAGACAGACGCCUUGUGCUUACCAGGUCUGACCUCCAGGUGGGGCUGCUGAGCGCCCGCCCCCGGACCACUCUGGGUUCUGACUGCUCCGGGUCUGGCGGUCUACUCUUGUAUAUCUAUGUGGAGGAGUUCCUCCAGACAUGGUUCCUCCUCCCAGGCUCCCGCCACCGGGACCCAGGAAGUGAACCUUCCUGCCACGGCGCCACCUGGAGGUCAGUUUGUUGAAGAUGAGGUCAUUUCCUGUUUCCUUCAGCGUCAGUAUUUAUCGUCCAGUUUCAGAACGUGAACCUUUCGCCGGCUGCAGACCAGGAGGAAAACCCGAGCCUGCAAGGAACAAAGCUGAAUUCUUCAUUUUUUUAAACUUCAUUCUUGAAGCUGAAUAUUAAAAAAUAAAAGUCCUUUCGUUUUUUCUCUCACGG